ACCGGCAUGGCAGCGUGAAGUGAAACAGCUGAUAGUUUAUUGAUUACUGAUCAAACAGCUGAUAGUUUAUUGAUUAUUGAUCUUUUCUGAUGAUGCUGUGAAAUCUGAGAUGAAGGAAGAUGGAAACUGUGAGGAAACGACUGGCUGAGUUUACACUGGAGGCUCACGAUCUGUACCUGAACCAAUCAGUGCCUUACCUGGAGGGGUCACCUGACCCGCUGCACUUCUACCGCGACUGGAUUGGUCCAAACAAACCCUGCAUCAUCCGCAACGCCUUCAACCAUUGGCCGGCUCUGACCAGGUGGACGCCGGCGUACCUGAGGGAGAAGGUGGGGUCAAAGGUCAUCAGCGUGGCGGUGACGCCCAACGGUUACGCCGACGCUGUGAGCGGAGAUCGAUUCAUGAUGCCUGAAGAGCGACAGAUGAGCUUCUCCUCAGUGCUCGACAUCAUCGAAGGAAAGGUGGAGAAGCGUGGUGUAUUCUACAUACAGAAGCAGUGCUCUAACCUCGUAGAUGAGCUUCCUGAGCUGACGGACGACGUGGAGCCGCACGUCUCCUGGAUGAGCACAGCGCUCGGAAAGUUUCCAGACGCUGUGAACUUUUGGCUCGGAGAGGAGAGCGCUGUCACCUCCAUGCACAAGGAUCACUAUGAGAAUCUUUACUGUGUGAUUUCUGGAGAGAAAACCUUCAUCCUGCUGCCUCCGACAGACCGACCCUUCAUCCCCUAUGGUGUGUAUCAGCCGGCUGUUUACCGUCAGCAGGACGACGGUGAGUUCGAGGUCGUGGAUCAGAGCGACUCUGAGAAGGUCCCGUGGAUCCCUCUGGACCCUCUGGACCCAGACCUGGAGCGGUAUCCGUCGUACCGGCGAGCUCGGCCGCUCCGCUGCAGCGUGAAGGCCGGAGAGAUGCUCUACCUGCCGUCCCUCUGGUUCCACCACGUCCAGCAGUCCCACGGCUGCACCGCAGUGAACUUCUGGUACGACAUGGAGUACGACAUCAAGUAUAACUACUUCCAGCUGCUGGAGACGCUGUCUGAGGUUACCGGGGCAACGUGACAUCACAGCAGCUUCAUGAUGUCA